GGCGGGGCUAAGGAUGCAUGGAUACCCACUUCCGUAAUAUUAAUUAAUACAUGAACCAUCGCGAGCAUCAUGGCUGAGUUAGAGGGAGCCAAAGAAAGCAUUUCCUUCUAUGUGAAUGGAGGAAAGGUUGUUGUGGAGAGCCCGGACCCGGAGACCACUCUAUUGUACUUCCUAAGAACGCAGCUCCGCCUAACAGGUACUAAGCUUGGGUGUGGAGAGGGUGGAUGUGGUGCCUGUACGGUGAUGCUCUCCUGGUAUCAAGAGGGCGUGGUUACACAUGCUGCCGUCAACGCUUGUCUUGCCCCCCUCUGUUCUGUCGAUGGUAUGGCGGUCACCACAGUGGAGGGGAUUGGUAGCUCCCGCGGUCUCCUUCAUCCUGUUCAGGAGCGUAUAGCGCGUGCCCACGGAUCACAGUGUGGCUUCUGCACCCCCGGUUUUGUCAUGUCCAUGUACACUCUCCUCAGGAACAGCCACGCCCCCUCAGAGAAGCAGAUUGAGGGAGCAUUCGAAGGCAAUCUGUGCAGGUGUACUGGGUACAGGCCCAUCCUAGAGGGAUUCAAAACCUUCUCACAGACUGGCUGCUGUGGCGGUGCUACCAAAUGCUGUAUGGAUGUCGAAAGCUCUGAUGGAAUUAAGACGAUCAAAGGUCCUUCUGUCCUCUUUGAUGCUUCCAAGUUUCGACCUCUUGACCCCACCCAGGAACCCACCUUUCCCCCAGCACUCAGGACGGAGCCUCUCAUCCCAUUGGCUAUCAAGGGGCCGAGGGUGUCAUGGUAUCGACCUUUGACCCUGGACCAGUUGCUGGUGUUGAGAGCAAGGUUCCCUCAGAGCAAGUUGGUCAUUGGAAACACGGAGAUAGGCGUGGAAGUCAAGUUUAAGGGGGCCUUCUACGAUACUCUCAUCAGCUGCUCUCAAGUACCUGAGCUCAACAAGAUGGCGGUCACUGACGAGGGACUGACAGUGGGAGCAUCUGUGACACUCACCCGACUGGAGGAACAGCUUAAGCAUCUAGUGGAGUCUCUACCAGAGAACAAGACGAGGACAUUCUCUGCUCUCCUGGAGAUGCUGCGGUGGUUUGCAGGACAACAGAUCAGGAAUGUGUCGGGUAUUGGUGGAAAUAUCUGCAACGCUAGUCCAAUCUCAGACCUCAAUCCAACUCUGUUAGCGGCCGGAGUGAAGCUAACCAUAGCAACCAAAGACAGUAACCGGGUGAUAGUGAUGGAUCCUAGCUUCUUCACUGGCUACAAGAAGACAGCCGUUAAGCCGGGGGAAAUACUACUAUCAAUCCUUAUCCCCUUCACGAAAGAGUAUGAGUUUGUGCUGAGUUACAAGCAGGCUAGGAGGAGAGAGGAUGACAUUGCCAUCGUCAACGCUGGUCUUAGAGUCGUCUUAGCACCACCAGCGGGUGAUUCCGAUUGGACAGUCCAAGACUGUUGCCUUAGUUAUGGAGGGAUGAGUUACAUAACUACAGUGGCCAAGAAGACACAGGCUUAUCUGAUUGGAAAGCCAUGGUGUGAGUCUACACUGGAGGGGGUGUGUCCACUACUCCUGGAGGACCUGCCCCUCUCCCCUGACGUACCUGGGGGCAUGCCGGACUACAGGCGCUCUCUUGUCACAUCCUUCUUCUACAAGUUCUAUCUCACCGUCCUCUCUCGUUUGAGGAGUGAGCCCCUGCCACAGGAUCUCGUUAGUGCCACGAGGUUGUUUGAGAGACCCCCAGUGCAGAGUAGUCAAGGGUUUCAGAGUGUGUCAGACAAGCAGCUGCCAGAGGAUAGUGUGGGGCGACCAUUGAUGCAUCUCUCCGCUCUACAGCAGGCAUCAGGGGAGGCAAGGUACAUGGACGACAUCCCCCCCACAGAGGGGGAGCUGUACGCUGGCCUCGUCCUCAGCACGCAUCCUCACGCUAACAUCACCGUCAACUGGAGCGAAGCCGUCAAACUUCCAGGGGUCAAAGGUUAUGUGGGUGUGGCAGAUGUUCCAGGAAGUAACGCUACAGGCCCGUGGUUGGACGAGGUGGUGUUUGCCGAUGGUAAGGUGAAUCUGAUUGGUCAAGUGAUUGGACUAAUAGUUGCCGAGAGUCAGCCUCUGGCCCAACGAGCGUGUAAACUGGUGAUCGUCACGUACCAAGACCUCCCCUCCGUCAUCACCAUCGAGGAUGCAAUAGCUGUGGAGUCGUACUAUCCAACAGUGCGUAGGCUGGAAUCAGGUAACGUUGACUCCGCCCUCUCUGACUCGGACCAAUGUUUAGAGGGGGUGGUGCGCGUGGGGGGCCAGGACCACUUCUACUUGGAGACUCAAGGCUGUCGUGCUGUACCCAAAGGGGAGAAUGGAGAGAUGGAGAUUGUAUCGUCUACGCAAGGAGUUGAGGCUACACAGAAGUGCGCUGCUAGGGCUUUGGACGUGCCCUACAAUCGGGUCGUUGCCAAGGUGAAGCGUAUCGGAGGUGGCUUCGGAGGUAAAGAGACGCGAUCCACUUAUCUAUCGACCGCUGUUGCCGUGGCAGCUAACAAAUACCAAGUUCCAGUGAGGAUCAUGCUGGAUCGGAAUGAAGACAUGAUCACGUCGGGAGGACGACAUCCAUUCCUGGCUAAGUACAAGGUUGGGUUCACCUCUGCUGGGAGAUUGACCUCUCUUGACCUCCAGCUGUACUCCAAUGCCGGCUACGGACAAGACCUCUCAAUAGCAGUUUUGGAAAGAGCUCUAACUCAUUCUGACAACACGUAUAAUAUUCCCAACUUCCGAGCGGUUGCUAGGGCCUGUCGUACGCACAUUGCUCCCAACACAGCAUUCCGUGGCUUUGGAGGGCCUCAGGGGAUGAUAAUCAUGGAGCAAGUGGUGUCCCAUGUGGCAAGCGUACUGAGCAUGCCCAGUGAGGCUGUGAGGGAGCUGAACAUGUAUCGUGAUGGUGACCUCACGCCCUGGGGGCAGGUACAAGCACAGUGCCCUGUGAGGAGGUGUUGGGAUCAACUCAAGCCCGUGUUUGAAGAGAGGAAGAGUGCAGCUGCUGAGUUCAACAAGACCAAUCGCUGGGUUAAGAGGGGCGUGUCACUGGUUCCCACCAAGUUUGGAAUAUCGUUUGGUAUAGCGUUCCUGAAUCAGGGUGGUGCUCUCCUGCACGUGUACACUGAUGGCUCUGUCCUCCUCACCCACGGAGGGAUGGAGAUGGGACAAGGGCUGCAUACCAAGAUGGUGCAGGUGUGUGCACGUUGCCUUGGUGUUCCCCCUGAGGCAGUGUUCGUAUCAGAGACCUCCACUGACACGGUCCCUAACUCCAGCCCAUCAGCUGCCUCCAUGUCUACUGACUUGUAUGGCAUGGCCGUAAAGGAUUGCUGUGAUCAGAUUAUGGCCCGCCUCAAGCCUGUGAUGGACGAGGACCCAGAGGGGGGGUGGGCGAAGUGGGUACAGAGUGCAUACCAUCGUCGUAUCAACCUCUCAGUACAAGGUUUCUACGCCACCCCCGGGCUUGACUUUGACUGGGAGAAGGGGCGUGGUAAUUUGUACGCCUACUUCUCGUAUGGAGCAGCUGUAGCUGAGGUGGAGGUGGACACUCUGACUGGAGACUUCACUGUGUUGAGGACUGACAUUGUCAUGGACGUGGGGGAUAGCAUCAACCCUGCCAUCGAUAUCGGGCAGGUGGAGGGAGCGUUCACGCAGGGCCUUGGUCUGGUGACCCUGGAGCAGUGUGUGUAUCUGGAGGGGAACCAGAGGACCCAGCGAGGGACUACCUUCACCACUGGACCAGGGACCUACAAGAUACCCUCUGUGUCUGAUGUGCCCGUGGUGUUCAAUGUUAGUCUGUUAGACAGGGCGCCCAACCCCAAGGCUAUCUUCUCAUCCAAGGCUGUUGGUGAGCCUCCACUGUUCCUGGCAGCCAGUGUGUUGUUUGCCCUGAGGGAGGCUGUCACAGCUGCACGGGCAGAGAGUGGAGUGAGUGGCUACUAUCGACUGGACAGCCCCGCCACCUGUGAGAGGAUACGCAUGGCCUGUCAGGACAAGUUCGUUCAGCAGAUGUGUGUUAUUGUGGACCCUGCUGCAAAGAGAUGGACUGUUGAAGCAUAGCUAAUAGACAUUGUAUCAUAGACAUUGGACAUACAUGUAGACCUUACUUUUAUAGACACUAUUUUCGAGAGUUUUUCAUACAUGUUAACAUUUUGAUUAAAUGUUUUGUGUCAAUUAAAAUCAUUGCAUAUAUACACAAGAUUAACACCAGCCCUGA